UCGAAAGUAAUCAGCUGUUGCGUGAAGUAAAAGCAUUUGAUUUUACUAUUGUAAAAGAAAAAUGCAGGAUUUGAGGAACGCCGACACGCUGCGACUGCCAAAUGGCGACGGAGCAGCGGCCAACGAUGAGGUCAAGUCGCCGUUCCUGAUCGGCGUGGCCGGCGGUACGGCCAGCGGCAAGUCCACGGUGUGCAAAAAGAUCAUGGAGCAACUUGGCCAGGCGGAAAUGGAUCACACGCAGCGCCAGGUGGUGUCCAUCAGCCAGGACAGCUUCUACCGCGAACUGACGCCCGCCGAGAAGGCCAAGGCCCAGAAGGGCCUCUUUAACUUCGAUCACCCAGAUGCCUUCAAUGAGGAGCUCAUGUACAGCACGCUGCAGAACAUCCUGAAGGGCCACAAAGUGGAAAUACCCAGCUACGACUACCGCACCAACUCGCUCGACUUUGAAAACGUUCUGGUUAUCUACCCAGCCGAUGUCGUCUUGUUUGAGGGCAUCCUGGUGUUUUACUUUCCCAAGAUACGCGAGCUGUUCCACAUGAAGCUGUUCGUGGACACAGACUCUGAUACCAGAUUGGCGAGGAGAGUGCCACGUGAUAUCAAUGAGCGUGGUCGGGAUUUGGAUGCUGUGCUUACCCAGUACAUGACCUUCGUAAAGCCGGCUUUCGAGGAGUUCUGCUCGCCCACGAAAAAGUUUGCUGACGUUAUUAUACCACGAGGCGCCGACAACACAGUUGCCAUUGAUCUUAUUGUACACCAUAUCGGGGAGAUUCUCGCCACUACCAACAGCGCACAGCACAGCAACACAAUCAGGGUAGCGGCGUCUAGCAUGAAGCGAGAUCACUAAACGCAAAUAUAAACUCGCUUCUGAGGCGGCCAAUUCCUCGUCCUAGCGCCGCGUCUUGAGCUUGUACUAAUUGCCAAAAAACUAAAGUCCAAAAGCUAAAGAAUAUAGAAACCCGUGGCGGCGCAGCACACUAAGGCAAAUGUCCAUUAAUGAGCGCCGGCAUCGCUUCUCAUUUGGUCUUCUCAUCGUAACCGAUUAACGUAGUUCUAAGAUUGAAAAGUAUCUUUAGUAUCUACUCUUGCAUAUGUUCAACAAUACAUGGUAGUGUGUAUGUAA